AAAUCUUAUACCAUCUACCAUGGCUAUGCUCUCCGAGUUUCAAGUAUCCACCCGUUGCUGAAUAUUUACCUUAUACUUCGUGAAGUUGAUGAGGCUGCUGCGUGUUCUGCAUUCCCAAGAUAUCGACCAUAGACGUUACGUUUGGGAAGUGAUUCGUAUUCAUACUCUAUACGUAUACAUUGAAAUGCCUCAUCCACGCUUGUUGCCGGUGGGGUUCAGAUUCGAUGGUAUGGCCUGUAGUGGAUUGUCUAUCUGAAUCUGGAAGAUGUCCGGCCAAGACGGCAUCAUGCGCAAACCAUGCUGUAAAUCUGGUAUUUCCCACACCAACAACCACUCUCCUGGGUCUUCACAUGAUACCGAAUGUCACAUGGAACUCUGCCGCGCGACUAGAGCACAUCGCUCUACGAGAACUUUAUCUCUUUUCGAGAGGCUGUUUACGGGAAGAAACCCAAUGAGAGGCUACUGCUAUAACGCAUGGUUGGCUCUCAUCCUAUGCUACAAUAACUCGCUGCCACUGGUGUACGUCAUGUGUGCGUGUAUACUGGAGGCGCAGACGAAAAUAAUGCGGAUGGAAGACCCAAAAAUUGUCGACACGUUCAAAGAUCAUGUCUCCGAUUUGAGGAGUUAUUUUCUCUCCGUCCUUCGCUCACCCCGGCUCCCGGUUGAAUGCACCUGCUACUAGAGCCUCCGGAUUCGCUAGCUAAUCAGGAAUCGCAUAUUUCUCAUGAAUGGUGUGACACUCGGGAGAUAUCUCAUUUCGUGCUAAGCUGUAUUUUGCACAAUAUCCUCCGGCCUUUGUAUAGUGUUACGGAAAUUUCUGUUAUUUUAGACCUCAGAAUUCUCUUCCAUGGGAGAAUAACUUACUGAUCAUGACCUGAGACAUGCAGAGUCCACAUCCACCGAAGAUUUAUACGGGUAGUAUCAAAACCAUCCUAUUGGCAAUUAGAUUUCGACAAACCAUCUCGCCAUACUUGUACAGUUUCAUAUCUGACGUUCACAUCAAACGAAACAGUGGUAGUUCUUUACGAGCCCGAAGCUUGGGAUGUUCAGACUCGUCGUCUCUCAGCUGUGUCUUCCCGGGUCGGAAACCAACGCUGUCCCGUUGAGAGCAGCAUACCAUCUGCGACUCACGUCCACUGUCGAGUGCCUUUGUUUCGGGACUCUUCGAGCCGUAUAAAACACUCUACAAUGUCGUUCAUGAAUACUCUCAUCUUCGUCUCGCUCGCCAUUGCUGCCUUGGCUGCACCUUCCGCCAGAGUUGCUUACAGUACAGGUCGUACUGCUCGCAAUGCUGCUUGCUGCAUGUGGUUCGAUAUCUUGGAUGACGUUCAAGAGAAUCUGUUCGACGGCGGCGAGUGCGGCGAGGAGGCGCAUGAGUCACUUAGGUUAACAUUCCAUGAUGCGAUUGGGUUCUCGCUAUCUGCACAAAGGCAGGGUCGAGUUGGAGGUGGAGGAGCCGAUGGUUCCAUCAUGGCCUUCUCCGAGAUCGAAACUAAUUUCCACGCUAACAACGGAGUGGACGAGGUCGUUGAAGAGCAACGUCCAUUUGCACUCAAACACGGCGUAUCUUUCGGCGACUUUAUACAGUUUGCGGGCGCUGUCGGCGUUUCAAAUUGUGCCGGAGGUCCACGCUUGCAAUUCCUUGUCGCCUUUGAUGCCACAAACAAAAUCUUCGCUCGCAUGAGCGACGCUGGUUUCUCUCCGAUCGAAGUUGUCGAUUUGCUGGCCUUUCACGCUGUUGCAGCUCAGGAUCAUGUUGAUGAAACCAUUCCAGGAACCCCAUUCAACUCUACCCCCAGCUCUUUUGAUGCUCAGUUCUUCGUUGAGGUGUCACAUCUUCCCGAACUUAUGACGAGAUACUCUGAUCAACGACUUCAGACACUGUUGAGGGGCAACUUGUUCCCCGGUAAUGGUUCCAACGUAGGUGAAGUGAUGUCUCCGCUGCGAGGUGAAUUCCGUCUCCAAUCGGAUUCCGAGAUAUCCCAUGGCAUCAGGAUGGCUUGCCAGUGGCAAUCAUUUAUCACCAACCACAACGCGAUGGUUGCCAAGUUCGAGGCCGCUAUGGCUAAGAUGGCCAUUUUGGGACACAAUGCUCGUGACCUUGUCGACUGCUCAGAAGUCAUCCCUGGGCUAAGUCUCAGACAGCAAAACUCCCCGCAGGCAAGACUCUCAGAGACAUCCAAGCUGUUUGCGCAGCUACUCCAUUCCCUGUCAUAUCUGCUGAUCCUGCCCUGCCACUUCCGUCGCUCCUGUGCCACCCUCGUAAAUCAUCUGCGUGUCUGUAUUGGGUUAAUGAAUUCAAUGCUUUGGUGUCCUUACAUGGGUCGUUUUUACCGAUAUUGUGCCGUACCUGUCCUUCGGGGUUCUAGGUUGUCUAAGUACAUAAAUUGGGCCGUACUAUGAAAAAUAUGGAGCCAUUCUCAUAUUUCUUCCUGUGCUUGAUUGAGUACAUGACACGUCAUACGCACGCACAAUAAGUACUUAGUUCGACG